CUCGCGAUCAUUCUGUCCAAGUAUUACCCGAUGCAAAGGAAAUGGUCUGACAAAGUUGGCGUCCUCGCAGCCUCCGCCGUCCCCGCGUGGCCUCUGCCCGGAGAAACAGGAUUUGCACCCAAGCCUCACGUUCGCUGGCGCGAGGCUGCGGCGCCCCACGAGCCGGCCACGCGCCCCUCUGAGCUCCCGCGCCGGCUCCGCCCGAGCAUCGCAGCCUUGGUUCCUCCGGCCCGGCCUCCCAUCACUUACUACCCCUCCUCCCCACCAGCCCUCUCUCCACCCCCGCGGCAGCGCCCGCGCCAGGGCCCGCCCCGCCGAGCCCCCCUCGGCCCGGUCCCGGCCCCCAUCACUUACACUGCGCUGGGCCCGGCGCGUCCGGAGGCCCGAGACAAAGGCUGA